AUGGGGCGGGGGAGGGUUGAGGUGAGGAGAAUAGAGAACAAGAUCAAUAGGCAGGUGACCUUCUCCAAGAGGAAGGUCGGGCUGCUGAAGAAGGCCUACGAGCUCUCUGUUCUCUGUGACAUCGAACUCUCCCUCAUCAUCUUCUCCAGCCACGGCAAGCUCUUCGACUUCUCCACCGCCUCCAGAGGAUGCGAUGUGCUUAUUUUAGAUACUGGAUUGGGAAGUGUAGAGAAUCAAGCAAGGGUCAAGGAGUUGCUUCAUGUGGAGGAAUCAAAACUAGAGGAGGACGAGGGAAAUACCACUCCAGCAGUGAGAUGGGUUCGAGAUGAUAAAUAUGAUUGCAUCCGAUUAAAGCAUUGCAAGCAAUUUGUGGGAAUCAUGGAGAGCAAGACGUGGAUAUGGAAUAGGAAGUCCACAGGGAAGAACAUUGAGAAAGGGAAGACCCUGGAGUUGGAGAAAUCUGUAGAAAACUUGAACGAACAACUAUCUUCUGUCCGCAGCGAGUCCAAUGCUAAAGAUGAUCUUUUGGCAAAGCAAGCAAAAGUAGCUGAGGAAGCAAUUUCAGGAUGGGAAAAAGUAGAAGCUCGAGCUCUGGCUUUACAGAAACAAUUGGAUGAUGCCUUGCUUCAGAAGAAAAUGGCAGAAGAAAGAUUAGUCGAACAAGAUAUAGAAUUACAAGAAUUCAGGCAGCAAUUAAUUUAUUAG